UUUGUAGUAUGUUGACGUUUAUUUUAUUGAUUACCUGUAUAGGAAUAUAUGGUGCCCCUUCAGAGCACCUGGGUGUUGUAGGUGGUCGCAAUGCAACGAAGGGAGAACUACCAUACAUAACCUCAUAUGAAGAAUACCAAGGCGAGGAUAGAAAUCCUAUAUGUGGAGCUUCUAUUAUAACAAAGAGUUGGGUUAUUACCGCUGCUCAUUGUCUAGGAGGUACACCAAAAGAGAGAACUUGGAUACAUGCAGGUAUGAUCGAUGUAAAUGAUACUGACGCACAAAGAAGACAAGUAGUCAAAACGGUUAGACAUGAUAAUUUUGUACAAUUUGGUGGAGACAUCGCUCUUAUAAAAGUAGACCCACCUUUUGAAUUUAACGAUUUGGUUCAGCCAAUAAAAGUACCCAAACAAGAUGCUGAAGUUUCAUCAGGUACUGCAAUUCUAUCCGGAUGGGGAUUACACAGUUUUAUGAUGUCUACUGAUUGGAGCUCUAUUUUGCAGACCGUAGAGCUUCCCAUUAUACCGUAUGAAGAGCGCAUGGGUGUUGUAGGUGGUCGCAAUGCAACGAAGGGAGAACUACCGUACAUAACCUCCUAUGAAGAAUACCAAGGCAAUGAUAGAGAUCAUAUAUGUGGAGCUUCUAUCAUAACAAAGAGUUGGGUUAUUACUGCUGCACAUUGUCUACAAUAUAUGCCAAAAGAGGGAAGUUGGAUACAUGCAGGUAUAAUCGAUGUAAAUGAUACUGACGCACAAAGAAGACAAGUAGUUAAAACGGUUAUACAUGGUUAUUUUGCACAAUUCGGUGGAGACAUCGCUCUUAUAAAAGUAGACCCACCUUUUGAAUUUAACGAUUUGGUUCAGCCAAUAAAAGUACCCAAACAAGAUGCUGAAGUUUCAUCAGGUACUGCAAUUCUAUCCGGAUGGGGAUUACACAGUUUUAUGAUGUCUACUGAUUGGAGCUCUAUGUUGCAGACCGUUGAGCUUCCCAUUGUACCGUACGAAGGCCCAGUUACUGGAGGAAAAGGUGCAUGUUACGGUGAUUCUGGUGGACCUCUAGUUCAAGACGGUGUUCUAAUUGGAGCUGUAUCUUGGGGUACACAUCCUUGUGCUCACGAUGGUUCAGUCACCAUAUACACAAAAGUUAGUUCAUACAUCGACUGGAUUAGCGAGAACAUAGAUGAAACGAUGAUUUUUGUUUAA